UACGCCUGUCGCCUAACUCUUUUCAACACUAUUUCUUCGCGCCUUUUUUUUCUCCAGCACAUCGUGCCAACAAUUUUUGCAUCAAACAACUCGGUUAAAAUGAGUAUAAUCCCUUGAAUUAGAAUAUCUGAAAGUAUAAAACCAUUGGUCCCCAACUGCUGUUAGAUAGAGAAGCGCGACUAACGCGAGGCCAGCGCCAUCGCGGCAGUGUGUGUGCGUGUGCGGGAGUGUAAAAAAUACGAAAAAUCGCUGCGAAGGUAGAUCUCAUUAUUAUUGUAUUGUUGUCUUUUUUGCUUUACCCCCAAUCUUUUGUUGCGAUCUUAUGAGUUUGGCUUUCGUAAAAUCUGUAGAUAUCAAUCGCUUGUUUUGAUUUUAUACAAAAAACACCAUACACAAACACACGCACACACUAAGCAAUAUGCAUUAAACACAAAAAGAAAUCCAAAAAAAGAGACCCAAGAAAAUGACCGAUGUAAAUUGUCUUACAAGUGAGCACAUUGCAACUACAACCACCACUGCGAGUCCACCAGGAACUCCCACCAAAAAUGCUGGCAAGGAUCUCGUAGAGCCUACAUCACCGUUUGUCUUGAGAGCUCCGCCCAGCGCCAAGUCCAAACUGAUCCUCCAGAAUAUGGAAGAGGUUCUCCAUUCUGUGAAGCAGAAGCACCGAGAGAAACACAAGCGUAAGAGGGAGGAGAAGCGAAGAGCGGCUCUCCUGGAGGACCAAAAGAAAUCCACCAAUGAUGAAGAGUCAGAAGUUAAGGAGAAACCCCAGCCGUUGCGUGAGAAAUCCUCUCAAGAAAAUGGCCUCAAGAACGGUCGACGACGUUCCAGUCCAUUGAAGUCCAGCACUCCGGUGGCCGACAACCAUAGCAUAAUGAAACACUUCUCUAAAACGGGCAAGGCGGAGAAUCAAUCUAGUUCUCCGAUCACCAUCACCAAACCCAAGCCAGCUACAAAUGUCUUCGAGUUUAUGAUGAAUGCACGGAAUCGAUCUAUAGGGGUCAACGAAGGUGGCGCAGAAUCUCCGGCAGAUCCAGAGGCUGUUAGUGAAACAGCAACUCCAACAACCAAGCGAAAAUUACUUCUACAGGAGUGGAAUGAACGCAAGGGUGGAGCCAAGAGGAGACUGGCGGACGAGUCUCGCGGAGAGUACAUUGAACUACAGAUGGAACAAAGAGCCAAAAGAUUGAGGAAAAUGCUAACAAAGACUGACCAGAAAGAAGUGACGGCUCCAUCGUCAGCGCCCACAGAACCAGCAGUCAAGCGAUCAAGAGGUCGUCCACGCUCCCGACGCCUUAGCUCCGUGGAUACACAGCCUCAGGUCAUAGAAAACAAAUCCCAAGAUCCCGAAACAGAGGAUUUUCUUUCAAAACUGUCGUCACCCACAAAAAAGCGUGACAGUCUUCUGGGCUAUUUUGCCAAGGUGGAAUCGCCCAAAGAGCUGGCCGAAAAAGUAACCAUUACAAUAGAAACUCCACCUAUGGAAACGCCCAAACGCAGAACGCAGCGCCGGAAGAGUCAGCAAGAGACUCCAAUAAUGCAAUCUGAGUUUACUCCUUCGUCAAGACCUCGACGCUCGUGUGCGGGAAAAGCACGUUAUGAUUACGACCUGGACACGAGUCCCGCAAAGCAACAAAAGCCCAAGGGCCAAAAAGAAGAUGAAUCCGUAGAGAUCAUUGAUCUGGACAACAGUAAUCCCGUUGCCACGCCAAAGAAACUAGCACCGCUUUUUAUCCGCCAAGUACCAAAACCCAGUCCGGAUCCAUCGGUAUUAAGGGCUCGCCAGGCUUUUCUGCAAUCCGGGGUGCCAGAUAAGAUUAGGCAGGAGCAGAACCGUCAAAAGAACUUCGAGCAGAUGUAUGAAGAUAGCUAUGAAGUGUUUCCCAGACUGGCGCAUAUAGGUUGCGAAAGCUUUGCAUCUAAGGAUGAACUUCUGGAGUUGCCUUUUGCUUUGAGGGCAGAAGAGGAAUAUUUAAUAGCUACUAAUACAUUACCCAACAACAAAAGACGGUCUAAAACCAGUAGCAUGACUAGCUGUGUGCCUGCGGACUUUGUUUCCAGUAAAAGUUUUAACAAGGCCAACUACGGAACUUUACCACCGUUGGAGAACAAACGCGGCUUUGUUAAGCUCUGGAAGAAUGACUUCGAUCGGUUUCCAACCUUUAAGUGCUACAAUCAAAUGAGGGAAAAGUAUCGCCAUUUUAGCGCCAUUGACAGUGCGCAGGAUACGCAGCAAAUGGGUGAGUCCUUAGUGGUCACAAGGCGUACCCGCCGAUCCAUGGAACAUAAUAUGGCUUCGACUGAGGAGGAUGCAAAACCGCCACCUUCCGCUCCCAACGGAGAGCUGCUGUACACCGAAAAGUACAAACCGCUGCUGUUUGAGCAGGUUCUUGUGAAUCUAACGCCGGUGCAAGAGCUUAGGGAAUUUCUGUCCAGUUGGAGUGGCAAUGGUGGCAGCAAUCGCAACUCACAGGGCAUAGACGAUACCUUCGAUAUGAGUAACGAUUCCGCAUCAAUGGGAUCAAAUAGCAACACAAUGGUGCUGGUGGGACCUUCAUCUAGUGGAAAGACCAAUGCUGUUUUCACUUUAGCGAACGAUAUGAACUUUAAUGUCUUGGAGAUUAAUGCAGGAAUGAAACGAACUGGCAAAAAACUUAUACAGGAACUCCAGGAGGCCACGCAAUCGCAUCAGAUAAGAAAGGACAGUAAAACGGGAGGAGGAUCCUCACAGCAGUUGCUCCAAAAGUUGCAAAAGAGUGGCUUAAAAGCGAAAGCUGCGGCGGUAGAGCCUCCGUCAGAAGUGCGGAAAUCUCUGAUCCUUAUAGAAGACGCGGAUAUCCUUUUCGAUAACAUGGAUGCUGGCUUUACGGAUGCCAUAUAUACAUUAGCAGCCAGUUCAAAGCGACCGGUAAUUGUAGUGGCCACCGAUCCCAAUUGCGCUCAUCUGCAGCGCCUGAUGCAGCAGAAUAUAAUCCAUUUCCAGCCCCCGAAUGCUUUAAACAUCUCCAGAUUCCUAGCUGUCCUGUCGCUGAUGGAAAACUGUCCCAUUGAGCUAGACGAACUGGUAUCCCUUUAUCUGUACAAUCAACAAAAUCUGCGUAAGACUUUGAUGGAAAUGCAGUUUUUUAUUCAGAGUGGUGGAGACCCAAGUGGUGGAAAGACCAAAGGCAUUAAAUCACCCACAAAAUCUUCAAAUAGCCGGCUGGCCACCGUCGAUGGCAGUCGAAUCCAUCAGAGAUUCUUUGAGUUCUUUACAUGCCCGCAGAAUGUUCAAUAUCGAAUACCAUUUCCCGUGGACUUUAGCCUACUGCGCUUGAAUCUCCCCGAACUUAUGGCUACUUCCGCGCUUUUAAAGGAACAGCAGACAUUAGGGUGUGGAAGUAGAACCACUGCCAAGCGGAAGUCUCGCUCACCAAAAAAAGCCUGGCUGAGCAGCGCCACUGGGCAAAAAAACGAAGGCUGCGAUUCAUCACUCGCCUGCUUGGCCUCUUUUUAUGACAACAUUUCGUUAGCUGCUUUGAUGGACUCCGAUUGCAGUGAUCGGUUGCAGUGCCACCUGUCCGAGGACAUUGCGCACCUGUUGGUGGAGCAGGCUCUCCAAACUGGACUCGCGACCAAGGAGUGCCCCUACAACCUAUUCGAUAAACCCUCUCAAAGGGUAACGAUUAGUGAACACUUGGGCAAUGGACUCUUGCGUUCCGACUCCGUCAAAUCACUGGACUUUGAGCCUACCCUGCGCUCCAUCUGCCGCAGUGAAAAGGAGCGAGCCGGACUGGAACGGAAGUCAAGUAGAUUCUAUCACUAUCUGCGUAACCACACGGUGAACGUGACCAGUUUUACGAUGGAGUACUUCGACGCUGCAUGUAGUACGUUCCAGGGUGGUACCAGCAGCGAUCCACCGACGGAAAUCGAAUCAAAGGAUUAGCUGUCUUUCUUAGUUUAUUAUUUUCAAUACGGUGGAGCAGCUCCACCGGAUUUUUUUGCAAUUUAUUCAAAUCGUGGUUAGAGAAGAGUUGAUCUUUUUAGGAUAGUUCUGUGGGCACAAUGAUGAUGCGUAGCUAUUAUGAGAUAAACCUAGACCUAGUUACAAGUUAAUUACGCUAAAUUAAUUACGACCUGAUCCUAUGUUAAUAAAUCAAUUAUAUGACACGUAA